GUACAAGAGGUGUUUCCUGAUUUAAUAUUUUAAUCAUUUGCAGACACCCCUUUGAAGAAGCUUGCUGCAUCCAAGAGACACCAUCUACUUGUGGUACUCACCUGUGGCAUCCUUUUGCUCUGCUCCAUAGUGAUGACUGUAAUGUAUAUCUUGACAUCUGUUAAUCUUCACAAAGCAUCAGAGGAAUACAAAGCUCUUAAUUCCAUCCUUCUGCAGCUCCAGGCAGAGUCUGAAAAGCUUCAUCUCAAGUUCCUGAGAUGCAUCCCCUGCAGCAGCCAAGCUUGUGAACUGACAAAGAGCUCAAACAGUCUGAAGUGCUCUAUGUGCCCCGAAGGAUGGCUGAUACAUAAUGCAAGCUGUUACUAUUUCUCCAAAGAGCAGCUGGCAUGGGAACAGAGUAAGAACGCCUGUGAGUCCCGGGAUUCCAACCUUCUGAUUAUAAACAGCCUGGACGAGCAGAAGUUUAUCACUAAGAAUCGAAAGUGUGGAAAUUUCUGGAUGGGCCUCAACGACCUGCAAAAAGAGUCAGAAUUCAGAUGGGUUGAUGGCAGUGCAGUGGAAGUGAGGUACUGGAGUAAAUGGCAACCUGAUAAUUACAGAGAUGCGGAACAUUGUGCUACAAUAGGAGACAUCGGUUGUGCCAUAAAUGAUGAAAACUGGAACGAUGAUAGGUGUGAGAAUCCCUAUUUGUAUGUUUGUGAGAAGGGAGCAGAGACUGUGCUGGACUUGGGUAAUAUAUCAGGAACGAUAAGAAGCCAUUCAUCACAAUCUUUCCCACAGCAAGAACGCUAUUACAGACUUCUUCAGUAGCAAUAAUGUUUAUGCCAAAUAAACUGUAUCUAGUUACAAAUCAACAAACAAGGCCAGAAUUAUGGGAUUAAAGACUAAAUGAAACUGCUUAAAUUACAAUUUGACAGAUGGAUAACAGAUGUGUUGGAAUAACUUGCAGCCCAUGAAUCCCCCUCUUGGCUUCCUCCACAGGGGCUCCAGCUAGAAACUACUGAGAAGUGCUUCUCUGUGGGUGUUGGAAGAUGGUAAACUCUGUUUCCUUUCUUUGCCACAUGAACUAAACACUUGGCAGGACAAUAGAAACAAAACAGCACCUAUAACCUGAUUGGGAUUCAAAGGGUGGAAAUUGAGUAACAAGUUUAAUAUUUAUGUCUCAUACUUUAUGUGCCAGAUAUAUUUAACUUCAGUCUAUUUACAGCAUACUGUAUGUUGGUGUCCUGGCAGUUGUCAAACAAGUAUUAUUAUUAUUUUGGACUA